AUGCCAACACAUCCAUACCAGAAACGUAUCCUCAAAGAAUAUGCUGGGUUGCGUAAGAACACCCUCCCUGGUAUCUCCCUAAUUCCAAUCGAAGAUACCCUGGAUAUCUCAACCUUGAUUUUUUCAAUUACUCUCCCACCUGAUGAUGAUGGAGUAUUGCAUUCUUUAUACAGAUCAGAUACCUAUCAUCUCCGGAUAAUCAUUACACCAGACUACCCUGUAGACUCUCCCCAGGUACAAUUCAUACUCUAUGGCACUGCAGAACAACAGAAAAUCCCAGUCCAUCCCCAUAUUUAUUCCAAUGGUCAUAUAUGUUUAGAUUUACUUGGAUCUGGUUGGACUCCCGCAUGUUCCAUGGAAUCAAUUUUACUCAGUAUACAAUCCAUGUUAUCUACAAAUUCCUCCAAUGAAAGACCUCCAGACAACGCAAACUACGUUUCUCACGCUCCUUUGAAUCCGAAAAAUACCGGGUUUGUAUAUCACGAUGAUAAUGUAUAA